CCAAAUGAGUGAGAGCGACAAAUGACCGAUUAGGUUUAUGUUUUGCGUCUAGGUCUUUUACAAUAGUUUCCUGUUCACCAUCAGACGUGUCAAGAAACAACACCCAACAACAGUGUGACAAAGAGGAACCACACUUUUUCUCUUGAGGAAAGAAUAAUGAUCACAUUACCCCUUAUCAUUUCAGCUUAUGUUUCUGCAGUUAAACGUGUACAGGUUUUAAAGCAUAGUUGUCAAUGUUUGACACAAAACAUGCUGCUUGGUGGGUGUUUCUUCCUGAGCAAACAGUGAUACCCUCUACAUACUGGCAGAUGUAAAAUGUGCUGUUGUUUUAUGUUUGCAUGUCAUCAGUUUGACCCUUAGAUAUUUCAAAACACCCCAUUUUUUUAUUUAAGUGGGGAGCAACUGGUUUUGCUCCAUCCUGUGUGCUUGUCCCAAGACCAAAAAAGGUUUAGUUUCAAAAUGAAAAGAACCAGUAUCUUAACUCCUCCUACAAUUGUGUUCCUAUAUUAGCUUUUAGCAGUUCUUUUGUGAUUUCUACAUUCUUCCUUCAUCACCGACCGCUUGACAGUCUCAAAAAGGGGACGUAGUGGUCUUCUGCAGUUUUCAGUUCAUAAAUUUGUUUGGCCGGAGAGGAUAUCACACUUUCUAUGGGAAAAACAUAAUGGACUGGAUAAUUUUUGUGACAUUUUUCUGGUCAGUAUUUAAAGCUGCCCUUUGUUUUAACAUUGAUCCUGUGGCUUGGAAGUCCCUCAGCAAUUCUGCUGCAGGUUUUGGCUACCAGGUGGUGCAGAGAAAAGCAGAUUUGCUAAUCAGCGCCCCACUUGAACCAUAUGCAAAGGAUCGAAAGGGGAAAAUAUUCCGGUGCACCACUGAAACAUGCACCGAUCUGACUCUUCCAGAACAAAACGCUGCAGUCAACAUGUCCCUUGGUUUGGCAAUGACAGCUGAUCCUAUAACAGAGUACACUUUGGCAUGUGGACCAACCAUUCCCAAGGACUGUAAAUCUAUCACCAUGUACAACGGUUUGUGCAUUGAAAUAGAUAAGAAUAAUAAAUUUGGAAAGUCUUACUCAUCUUCUACUGAAGAAUGUCAAACCCAAGCUGACAUUGCCAUUCUGCUAGAUGGCUCAGGCAGUGUAAAACCAAAUGAAUUUCAGAACAUGAGGACUUUUGUGAAAAAUCUAAUCGGCGCAUUCCAGGGAAAAGAUACAAGGUUUGCCAUCAUCCAGUUCUCAUCAAGAAUUGUAAUUCAUUAUAAGUUUAAUACAUUUUCCACCACUGGGUGGAAAUUUGAUAUUAAUAAUAUAUAUCAACUAGGAGGAGGGACAAUGACAGCUGCAGCCAUCAAAAUUGUUGUGAAUGAUGUCUUCUCACAGAAUGCAGGAUCCAGGUCAAAUGCGAAGAAGAUUUUAUUAGUUAUUACAGACGGAGAAUCUCAUGACGGAAAUAACUUACCAGAAGUCAUACAAUCAGCAAAUGAUAAAAACAUUGUUCGAUUUUCUAUUGGGGUGGGAAAUGCAUUUAAAAAGGAUAAGGCAAGGCGGGAGCUGGAACUGAUUGCAUCUGAACCCUCCAAAGACUUUGUGUUUCAAGUUCAGAAUUUUGAGGCUCUUGAAAAAAUACAAAAUAAUUUGCAAGAAAAAAUAUUUUCCAUUGAAGGAUCUCAAAGCAGUGGAGAAUCACUGAAACUGGAAAUGUCUCAAGAAGGGUUCAGAGCAGCUUAUACAACUGAGGGAAUUCAGAUGGCUAUUGUUGGUGCUAACCAGUGGAGAGGAGGCUACAAGAAAUACUUAGUUUCUGAGGCAAGAAACACUGGAUCAUUUGAGCCAACAUCUAUUGAACCUGACAGCUAUGUUGGUUAUUCCAUGGCUGUCGCUCAAACUACACUUACCAACACUCUAACAGUUGUUGGUGCUCCGAGGUAUAAACACAGAGGAGCUGUUAUCACUGUUUUUCAAGAGAGACCUCGCCAACAAAUUGACCCAUUUCAACAACAGACUGGUGGCUAUUUUGGGGCAGAAGUUUGUGCCAUGGAUGUGAACUCUGACAGCUUCACUGAUCUGAUCCUCAUAUCUGCUCCCAUGUACAAGGACCAAGACAGAGAGGGACGAGUUUAUGUUUGCACCUUAGCUCGGCUGAAUGUGGAGUGUAACUUUGAUUCUCCAUCACAACUAACAGUACUACGAGGAGAUCCAUCCAACAAAGGGAGGUUUGGGUCUUCUCUUGCUGUUCUGCCUGAUCUAAAUGCAGAUACAUUGAAUGAUUUAGCUGUUGGAGCUCCUUUGGAGAACAACAACCAAGGCUCUAUCUACAUAUUUCAUGGUGAAACAGGUGGAAGAAUCAAACCCACUUACUCACAGAGAAUCGCUGCCUCUGAAGUCAAAUCAGGAUUGAAGUUCUUUGGUUUGUCAAUCAGUCAGUGGUCCUACGAUCAGAGUGGAGACACACUGCCUGAAUUAGCCGUGGGUUCAAAGGGUGCAGUUGUCUUACUCAGGUCCAGACCAGUAGUGAUGGUGGAUACCACUGUGUCCUUCAACCCAAAAGAAAUCCCAACUCUAAAUGUAGACUGUGCAAAACCACUAAAAGGCACAGCUACAAUCUGCUUCACCAUGAGAAGACUGUCUGGAAGAGAUUCAGUUCAAGCAAAGAUUAAUUACACUUUAACUCUGGAUGCAACUCGUGAGACUCCAAACAACCGAGCUUACAUCAGUAAGGAUACAAGAGACAAAACUGGAUCUGUUGCUGUUGUUUUAAACGUAACAGAGUGCAACAAUGUAAAGUUCUUUAUCAAGUCUUGUCCUGAAGAUGCUCUCAAUCCACUACAGAACGAGCUCAGUUUCACCUUCGAUGGUUCUCCUUCCAACACAAGUCUUAGACCAAGUCUCUCCCAGGAGGCUCAAACAACAACCCGUCAUCGUAUUGGGUUUGAGAUCAGCUGUGGUGCUGACAUGGUGUGUACAGAUAACCUGAAAGUGGAUUUCAAUUUCACAAGAUCAUCAGAAGUUAAAGUUGGCAUCGAUGAGCUCCUGGAUGUGACUGUCUCAGUGGAGAACAGAGGGGAAAACUCUUACAACAGUCACGUCAUCCUUACAUAUCCGCUGUUUUUAUCGUCUCCUAUGGGUUCAAUCCCAGCAGAAAACUUGAAAGGAGGAUUUUUGUCACUGCAAAUGCAACCAGUGGGAACCAGCAGCACGCCCCUUCCAGUAAGCUCUACAAGAAGGAAGAGAUUGGUGUGAAGUACAGCAUACUCAUUACAAUGGAAAGCUCCCUCAGCUACAAUAAUUUCACAUUUGGAAAGAGUAAUCUGCAGAAACCAUUCCAACAAAUAAUUAAGGUCACAAAUAAUAUCAGAGCUCUGAAUUUCACUGUAGUGAUCAGAGUUCCUGUGAAGCUCGGUGACAAAGACAUUUGGGUGGAUACGAACAGUUUUCAGAUUGCAGAUUGUCAGAGAGGAAACGAUGAAAAACCUGCUGGGACAAAUUUUAUCGCGAAAAUAAAGGAAAAUAAAAGUAUUGACUGCUCUGUAGCGUGGUGCAGAGUUUUCAGGUGCAGCAGGUUCAUGGAAAGGUUGGAGCAGAAAACAUACAAAAUCUCUGCAAACCUCAGCUCAGCGUGGAUAGAGCAGAUUGGACUUCCAUCUGCCAAAUUUAUCCUGACCAGUACAGCCAGUUUGGAGUACGACAGAAACCAGUACAUCUACUUCUCAACAACCUCUAAUAACGUCCCUCCUGUUCGCCUGAUUGAAGCUGAGAUAGAAGUGUUUCCUGAACCAGAUUUUACCAAAGAGAUCGUWGGAGGAUCUCUGGGAGGAUUGGCUUUUCUUGGUCUACUCACUGCUGGGCUGUAUAAGGCAGGAUUUUUUAAGAGUAAAUAUAAUGAAAUGGUUAAUGAAAGCGCAGAAGGUGAAGCUGGUCCACAAGAAGCUCAAGAUGCUGCACCUACUGAGGGAUAAAAGUCAGUCGGCUUCAGUCCACCUGACAGUUAUUUUGAGUUUAUUUAUUUAGGAAAUUUGUAACAAUACCUAUCUGCUAACUGCACCUCACCACUAAAGUAAACAAACAAUGAAAACAUAGUUUGUGUUUUUACUGUUUAUAUUCCAUUUGAGCAUGUGUUUCAGUAUUAAUCCCAUGCCAGUCGUCACCUCCAACAGACAUUUUUAACAACCAGAAGAAAACAUUGUAGAACAUCACAAGGAAAAAACACAUUUUUUUUCUGGUUUGUACUGAACAUUCACCUUUUCAACUUGAGAUUUCUGGUAUUCCUACGGUAUAGUGACUAAUGUGUUCAUUUUCUAUUUCUCAUGUAUUUUAUGGUUGUGCAUAUUGUGAAGUUGUUGUGAAGUUAAUUGUACAUAAAACUGUGAAGCUCUGAAACACAUCAUGUUCUGCUUUAACC